UUCAAUAAAAUUGUCAUUUGGACACAAUGAAUUGUAAUAAUUUUAGUGCAAUUUCUUCAAAUUAAACGUAUUUUUGAUACUUUAUCAAAAGUGAGCUUACUCUCAAGAGUUAGAGAGAAUGUCGUUGCAAGAGUGCAAGCAAUUACACAGCAUGGCUGGAAAAAUUAUGGAUUUAAAGAAUCAACUAGAAGUUUCGUUACGUGAUAAAUCAAAACCGUGGACUACAGUACUUGAUGUUCUUGAAGGAAAGACAGGCGUAGAUCGACUUUUCAUUUUUAUAGGAAGCGUUACUAUCCUGGGAUUGUGGCUAGUAUUUGGCUAUGCAGGGCAGCUGGUGUGUAAUACAGUGGUAUUUUUAUACCCUGCCUAUGUCUCUAUUAAAGCAAUUGAAUCCCCCCAAAAAGAUGAUGACACAAUUUUACUGACGUACUGGGUCGUUUAUGCACUUUUUUCAGUCAUUGAAUUUUUUGCUGAUCUUAUUGUUGGGUGGUUUCCUCUAUAUUGGCUUGCUAAAUGCAUCUUCUUCAUUUGGUUGAUGUUGCCAUCUGAUUUUAAUGGUUCACUGAUAAUUUACACGAAAUUUAUUAGGCCAUACUUCUUAAAACACGAAGGUAACAUUGAUGAAGCGAUAUCCUCAGCUUCCAAACUAUUAGGAAAAGAUAAGUAAACAACUUCUGUAACUACAAGUAAACAGUCCCUCUACAAAUUUACAAAUUAUUAUUGAUUGUGCUUUAAGUAUGCCAGGCUACAAAAAAGACACACUUCCUUCAUCUUUACUGCUAAAAUUAUGUUAAAUUUUGAAGAUUCAUAAAAGAGAAAUUAUUUUUAUAAGAAUUAUUAGCUUGAAUGUUAUCAUUCCACUUCUAGCUUUGUAAGAAAAAUGUGAUUCUUUUUAAAUUACAUGUGAUAAGUGUAAAUGCCAAUUCCCUACAAUUAAGUAAUUAAACUUUUAAAAUGGAAGAACUACAGAAAUAUUUGAAGUUCGUAAUUUUGUUGUUUUUAGAAAUAAUUUUUUUCAAACCUUAAAUUGAAAUUAUCUAACAAAUAUUAGUCCUACAUAACUUAAAUUAAUCAAAUGACAUAAUUAGUUAUGGUAAAAAUUCCAAUAUAAUCAGCAACAGAAAAAAUGUUGAAUAUCAACAGAAAUGUAAUAUAAAUUACACAAUUUCUGGUUAUAUUUUUUCAUUAAUUCAUUAAAAUAACAGCCGUUUCUUCUUUAGAUUUUAAGAUUAAUGCUAUAAUUUUACUUGGCUAUAGUUCUUCCUUGCUAUAUUGUAAUAUCCAUAAAAUUUUAAGUUUAACAAACUCAUGUUAUAAUUUUUAAUUUGCAGGGAAUAUAUUAUUUGUACUUAAAAUUUUUGUUAACACUUUCUUAUUUUAUAAAAAUAAUUUUCUUUUGAUGAAAUCAUUUUCUUGUAUUUACAAUUAUCGUUUUAUAACACUACAUUUUUCAUUAGAUAUCGAAUAAGAAUAAUAUCCAUUUUUAUAUGUAAAUAUCUCUCUUAUAAAGAAAUUUAAUAAUUUUUGAUCUUAAUAAUAAUGUAUAUCCUUUGAUUUAACAGGUUGUUAGCACUUUAUGCUUUGCUUGCACCUUUUAAAAUGUGAUGUAUUGGAGAUUUUUGGAAUUGGUUUAUUUUCCAUGGAAGUAUUGUAAAUUUUUUGUAUUGUUUUCUAUGUAUAAUGAAGUAAAAAAGUGAUCAUGUUUAAAAUAUACACAA